AUGUCGGGGCUGCGCGCUGCUGCUCGCUGUGUCUUGGGCGCGUCCAAGCGCUCUUUGCGUCCUCCGCAGGUGACGGCAUGUCGUGCCUUUAUGUCGACGCGUGCGCCGGACUCGCUAUUCCAGACUCCGUCCUUUCCCAUGCCUGAGGAUCCUUCGCUGUGGAAGAACAAGUACCCGCGCGCAGACCCGUCGCUCUUGUGGAAGGUUGGAUCUUUCCCUCUGCAGAGCGAGCUCCAGGAGGAGGAGGAAGGAGCGCUGGCUUGCUCUGAGGACUUGUGGGACACGCCUGGCAUGCUCAGCUCGCUGCACGACAACCUGCCGUUGCGUGACGCCGCCGACAUGGACAUGGACGCACUGUUGCGUCAGAUGGACGGAUACCUGGCGGAUAGCGUGGUCAAGAAGCGACGGAAGAAAAUGAACAAGCACAAGCACCGCAAGCGCAAGAAAGCGCUGCGUAUGCGCACCAAGAAGAACUAG